AUGCAUGCACAUAUUCUCACAGAUAAAAAGUGGAUUGCAGCUAUUAUUGAACGUCUUGAGUCGAUUCCAGCUGUUAUUAGGCGUCUUGAUGACGUAGACAAUUAUAGGGAUUGGAGUCUUCAAGUGAAAACCUAUUUGAUGAAUCAACAGCUCUUGGACAUUGUGGAAAAUGAUGAAGCCAUUUUUGAGGCUUGGUCCGAGAAGAAUGCCAUGGCUUUAGCAGUGACCUUGUUUUCAUGCGGAUUCUGCUUACGUUUCGUGAUUUGGGGGAUUACUUCGGCCAAAGUUACUUGGAAUACUUUGGCAAAAAUAUGUGAAUUCCACAAAAGUGAUUACAUAGGGGUAAGGAGUGAACUCCGUAAGUAUCUAUCAUUUAGGCAGUUUCUCCGUAAUGGUAAUUUGUCCGCUGUUAAUCGGUUCAUUGACUCCUGUCCGGAGGCACAGAGUGAAAUAAUCGCAAAUACAGGAAGUACGGCUUUACACAUUGCUAUCCUUGCUGGACAUCAGAGUAUUGUGAAGGAGUUGGUGAACAUGUUGCCGACAGACAAAUUAUUAGAAAUAAAAGAUAAAGAUGGUAAUACGUUUCUUGGUUUUUGUGCUCUUGUUGGAACCACCGAGAUGGCGAAAUGCAUAUAUAGUUGA